CGGUUAGAAUAUUUCAAGCCUAAUGGCCUCCGGCAUAAACAAGAGCCGGCAGCCCGGGACUUGCAAUGGAUCUAAAGCACCUCGGGGCAGUUCGGCAGAAGGAUACAAUAAGGAAAUUCACAUGCAGAUGUGCAAGAAGAUCGCCCAGCUCACCAAGGUGAUAUAUGCCCUGAACACUAAGAAUGAUGAACAUGAAGACAGUAUACAGGCUCUGAGAGAAGCUCAUGAAGAAGAAGUUCAGCUCAUUCUUGCUGAGAUGAGGGAAACAAUUCUCCAGUACAAAAGCAAAGCUGAAGAAGAACAGUUGCUGAGAAAACGUAUUCAAGUCCUUGAAACUGCAGUAGAACAACACAGGAGAGUAAAGGAAGAAGCCUUGACAGAGUUAACAUUGUUCAAGAAGCAGGUGGAAGAGAGGGAACCAAGAGCAGAAGCAAAACUGAUGCAGAUGACCCUUUCCACAGACACAGUAGAUUUCAAUGGAGAUUUUGAAAACAAACUUCUUCAUUUAAAUGAGGAGACUGAUGGACUACUAAAUGAAUGCCAACUGUCUAGGAGAGAAAAUUUAGGUGAAGAUAUUUUGGCUGAAAAAUUCAGCAUGGAAGGACAAGUUCUAGUAAAGGAAAUGGAAAAACUGAGGAGUGAGAACCAAGGAGCAAUUAAAGAAUAUACUCAGAAAACAAACCAACUGCGAACCUCCUGUGAGAGAGGAAGAGAGUCUUUGAAAAAGUCAACACAGCCAUCUAUGACAGAAACAAAGAAUCAGCAGCAGCAAGGAGAAAUGGAGCAAAGGAAUUGCUCAGAGGCUGACAAAGGCUUUUGGAUGCAGCAGGUAAAGAAACUGGAGGCAGACCUAGAGGAGAAAAACCAGAAGAUAAAUGAGAGGAAGAAACAUUCCCAGAGGCUGAAAGAAAGAAUACAGGAACUCCAGACACAGCUAGAGGAAUUUAAAAGAAAAUCUGAGUGUGAAAUGAAGCAACUGGAGAAAGAAAAAGAAGCCCUAACUGGGAAACUUCAAAACUCUUCACUUGAGGUGGCUCAGCUGAAGCAGAUAUUAGACCAGCAAGCAGAUAAUUUCAAGGAGUCGCUGAAGAAACACAACCUACAGUCCAGCAAAGAAAAGGAGAAGCUUUUGCAGGAUCUUCAAAACACCAUUAAAGAAAACCAGAAUGUUAAACUGCAGCUGGAGGCGUCACAUCAAAAAGUCUUAAAAAUGAUGGAGAAGAACAAAAAACAGGAACUCAAGGAGGCAGAAGAGCGUUUGAAAAAGGAAUUUAAUGAGACUUUCAAGAUCCAACAUCAGUCUCAUAGGCUGGAAAUGCAAACCUUGGAAGAGAGAGCAAAGAAAGAAUUACAGGAUGAACUCGAGCAGAUACAGAAGCAGCAAACUCUGUUGCUAGGAUCUCUAAGAGUGGAAAUUUCUGAGCAGCAGAUGUCAUGCACUAAUCUCAAAAAACAAAUAGAAGAGCUCCAAAUGGAGCUGAGGAGUGUGAGGACAUUGAAGAAGCAACAGGAAGGAAGCAGCCAGAGCCAGAUCAGAUCUCUUCAUGAUGAGCUAGAAAAAUGCCAGGGUGAAAUUUCUGAGCUCAAGAAGGAGAACUUGCUUUUGAAGGACACAAUGGAAUUACUCAGCACUGAGUUGGAGACACAGAAGCAAGAAGCUGCACAGCUUCAGGAUAAGGAGAGACAACACAAAAGACUUAAAAAAUUAGAAGAAAACACAAGAAAACCAGAGUCCAGACCAGAAGAUAUACACCUUAUAAGCUGCCUGCAAGAUAAACUAAGUGAGAGAGAAGAAAUUAUUAAGCAGCUGGUGGAAGGAAGAAAAUUUCAGCAUUCACUUUUAGCCAGCACUGAAUCUUACAGAAAUCGGUCUUUUUCUUUCACCCCUAACCCAGGAUGUUUGACUCCUAUGAAGCAGCAGAAGAGACCAGUUGAGGUGCCCAGUCGUGUUGUCAGUGUACCAAAUUUAGCUUCCUAUGCAAAGAGCUUUUUGAGUGGCGACUUGAGAUCAAAAAGAAGUGCUCCUCAAAUAACAAAAUCAACAAGCUUAGACCAGAGUCCUGGAUGCCUCAGAGCGGGCUCCCCAACAGCACAGACCUCAGACAGCAGCGCUGCCACAAGGACACAUGGCAAUGAAGCACCACAAACCAAAGAUGACCAAAUACAAGACCCUGAGCAUCAAGAAUGGUUUACUAAAUACUUUUCAUUUUAAAGCAUAUAGUUUACAUACUCCUCAGAUUUACCUGUUUGUUUUCUGUUAGGGAAUGUUGAUCUAAUAAGUUUUACAACAAAAAGUACUGAAAUAAUUUCUAAGGAUAUUAUUAGGUUAGUUAGGAACAACAGCACUUUCUUACAUCUAAUUAUAAUGGAAUUACAGGCAUGGAUUUCAGCAAAAUGCAUUUUUAUUUUUUUUUUAAUAAUCUCUGUAAAAAAAAUGAAGAAAAAGCAAAAUUCUUAAUACUGCUAUGUGAAAUGGCUUUUUACUCAAGAGAACGUACCAUUCCACUAUCACAUUAAAUAUGCAGUUUGUCCUCUAAUGUCCUGUUACAGGCUCCAGCUGAAGGUAUUACUUACUAGUAAGUGAUUUCUCUGGGUUUAUAUGCCUGCUUCAUCAGCUGUUUUUCUGCAUACUAAUGUGAUUUUGUUUUAAACUGGUUUUUUGUUGAAGCUGUUUUAUGCUGAGCAGCAUGUGAUCCACAGCUAAGAAUAGCAAGCUUACAGCAAGCUGGUUUACAAAUCUUUUCUGCUUUGCUUAAUGAACUGUUUUGUAUAGUAUUGUCAUGUAAUGUUCCUGGUACACUUCAACACGUGUAACAAUCCAUCAGCCUGAUGAAUCAGGGUGGUAUGUAAGUAUGAACAUUAAAACUUGCUUGCUAGUGACCAA